AUGAGUGAGUGGUCCAUUGAUAUGCCUGAAGAAGACGAUGACUUAAAUGGAUUUGUAGAAAUCACAACGGAGCCACAAACCCAAGAACAAAAAACAAUAGAAAAAGUCAAGAAAUGGUUUGCGAAGGGGUUUGACGAUGUAGCGAGUAGGUACAUGUCUGGGAACUCUUACAAAGCGCUCUACGACAUUUUCGAUGUUUUCAAAGAGAACACGACAGACAUCAAACCAAUUGAAAUGGCGCUUGGCUCGUUAUUUCUGUAUGCUCUAGACCUUCAAUUAGUUGACGAAGAGUUCUUGAAACAAUUUGAUGUCUCAGCGACGUGGCGGGUAGUGAAAUUCACACCUGUUGACAUCUGUGUUCUUUAUGAGGUUCUUAGAUACACAAUUGGCAUAUACGGAGUCAUCGGUCUAACACCCAAAAAUUUGGUAGAUAAUGUCACGUUGACCAAGAAUGAGUUCACCCUCAAUGUGUUUCUUUCGUUCACACAUACGAAUAAAGAAGAUGUCGUGGAGUACAAUACGUCAGGUAACUUGUACGACCCAAGCUACUUACUUGCCGUUCGCCACGAUAUGCAUGCGAUCAUGUUAGUGUAUAGAGGCACGGCUUGUGUGAGUGACUGCGCAACGGACUUAGUUGCUCAACCUGCACAAGUGACUUUGUUUAAUAAAGUUGGAUAUUGCCAUGACGGGAUUUACCACGCGGGGUAUCGCAAGUUUCUUCAAAUAGAAUCGAGGCUUGUGUCUCUCGUUAAGAUGUUUCCGGACUAUUCUAUUAAAGUGAUGGGACAUUCAUUAGGUGGUGGGGUAGCCAUUGUAGUCUCAUCGCUUCUUAAAAGUGAACACCCGACAUGGGAAAUCAAUUGUUAUUCAUUUGCGCCAGCUGGGGUAUUCUCUCGUGAGAUAGCGGGGUGUCCUGAAAUGAAGAAGUUAGUGAUAUCCUUUGUGGGGGAGAAUGAUAUAGUCCCGCGACUGAGUAUCGGGUCCUUCCAGAGUUAUAAGAGAAUGGUCCAAGAAGUUUAUAAGAAGAUCGGCAUUAAGACCACUGACGUGAUAUUAGGGACUGUGAAAAAGGUCGAAAAUCCACGACUUGUGAUCCUUAAAAUGAUUGGCGACAAGAAAGACGAACUUAUAGCCGAGUUGGCGCACAUAGUACCGGAACAACCUCCAUUCAUUCCAUCGGGGAAAGUCUAUCAACUCAUUGAAAAACCACAAGAGAAAUACGACAAGAGUGGAAAUAACGAAUUUGACGAUUGGAAGUGGAUCGACUUGGACAAACGGGAUGAGGCCGUUGUAUGUGUCGAAGUGCCUAAUGAAUGUUACGCUCGAAUCAUCCCAAGAAUGUCGAUGACAAUAGACCAUAUUCCUCAAGCGUAUCAAAGUAUCAUGGGUGACUAUCUGGAGAAGGUGGGAAGAUUAAAAGAAAUAUUUCCUAUCAAAGAAAAGCAGGAAGAGCAAUCAAACAUAUGA